AUGGAUAAGAAAAAGCAAUUUAAAGGACCGCCCCCAAAAAGAUUUAAAGCACAAGACGACGAUGAUGAUUGCGAAAUGCCUUCUAGUUUUGAAGAUACGCUUGCUGGAAUGGAGGUUGAAUUUGAUUCUCCGGAAAUAUUUGGCGAGGGGCCAGAGAAUCAGUCUACCGACAUUAAAUGGUCGCGGCCUAAUCCGCCUUUGUUAAACCCGAGAUCGGACUCUCUAGUUUUCCAACAAUUGGAUAUUGACCACUAUAAUGGACAACCAAUGGCUGAUGAUGUAACUAUUACUCCUACUAAAAAUGUUUUUGUUAAAGCAAAUAUAAGAAAGGGCUUGUUACCUGAAAUACUGGAAUCGCUGUUGUCUGCAAGAAAAAAAGCUAAGGCAGACUUAAAAGAAGAGAAGGAUCCUUUCAAAAGGCGCCCAGGUGGG